AUGGACUCGAAAUCCCCGAUAUCUGUAUAUUUCUCUAAUAAUAAUUAGGCAAGUGUAAUUUCAUUUAGAAAUGAUCCAAAUGAUGAUGCUAUCUACUAUAUGAUACAAGUCAAAAAUAAAACAAGUGACGUAUGGUAAUUAGAAAAAAGGUAUUUGCGAAAUCUAAAUAAGAUUUUCUCAGUUUGAAGACUUAGCCAAAAAAUUAAAAGUUCUCUUUGGGGAGCAAUUGCCAUCACUUCCCAAAAAGAAAUAUGUAACAUUUUUAGUAGGUAAAACACCUGAGGACAUAGAAAAAAGAAAGGCAGGUUUAGAUGAAUUCAUUCAAGUAAGAAUACAAUUGAAAUAAUUAGAAUUUAGCCAGCAGACCUGAAGUAGUUGCAUCAGAACCACUAAAACAAUUCUUGGAAAUCGAAAAGAAUGCAAAGGAAAUCAUAGUGAAUCCUCCUAAACAAAUAUUCGAGUUCAAAGGAUUUUUGCAUGGAAUCAGAGAUUUUACUAUUAGUUCAGAACAAGGAUUGAUGUUUGUUAUCACAUCAGAUUGUUCAGUGAUAAACAGAUUGGAUGCCUAUCUAACAAACAUGAAAGCUCCUUGGGAAUCUGAAAAGGGAGAUCAAGCAUUAAUACCUGUAGGAUGCGUUGAAUGUUGGUUGUAACAAGAGAGUGGAGAAUUUUCAAGAUUAUGGGUUAAGAUGUACAAUUCCUAAGCCAUAACAUGUUAUUGGGAUGCAGCUGCUUCUGUAUUGCUUGUGGGAUUAGAUAGUGGAUCGAUCAAUUAUUUGUAUGUACCAGAGAAAGAAGGAUUUAAGAAAUUUACAGAGAGUUUGGAAAUUGAGUAACAUACAGACAGAGUCAUGGGAUUGUAUUAUGAUAAUAAGAGAAAAUAUUUACAUUCCAUAUCCAAAGAUAGAAAAUACAGAGUCUUAAAUCUUAGAAAAGGGGAAUUAGUAGCAGGUUAUAUUUAAUCUUAAUUAUAAUUUAGAUAUCGAACCUGAUUAAUAUGAAUUAACUUGUCUAUUAGGAAGUGAAGAAAGGAAGAAAACAUUUGUAGGAGAUAGACAUGGAGAAAUAUUUAUUUAUGAUAUUAUGAAAGUAUAUUAUUUAUAUUAAUAAAUUUAGAAACGACCAAAAUUGAUAAUUAAAAUUCCAACCAAUUAAUUGUUUAUAAGAGGAUUUUUCAUAGAUAAUUAAAGGAAUUAUUUAUUCUCAAUUAGUCAUGAAAAUGGAGUCAUUUUAAUAGUAGAUAUAUAAUUACCUGGAAGAGAGUAAUAUUCUAAGGAAGUGGCUUAAUUAAAUGGAAAGUCAAAAAGCAGGGAAAUUGGAUGGUCAGCAAAAAGAGGUGAAAUCUAUGUUGGUAAUAUAGAUGGCACUGUUACCAUUUGGGAUGCUCGAAAAUCACAAUAAUUAUGUAAUAUCAUCAAUGAUUACUUAGAUGUACUUAAAGCUCAUGAUUCUGAUAUUACAAAAUUGCAAUGGCUAGAUGCUGAUUAAACACUGUUGACAGCUGCUAAAGAUAAAGUUAUCAAGGUUUGGUCUAUGCCAUAACAUUGGAGAGAUCCAAAAAUUGUAGAAAAGGAAUUAGAAUAGGAUUAAUAAUAAGCUAAAUAAUAAAAUGUUGAGUAAUAGUAUAAGAAGGCAUAAUAACUAUUUGAUUAAGGAACUUAAGAUGACGAUGAGGAUGAUAUGGCAGUUUGGCAUAAGGAUUAACAAAGACAUUCAGACACCAAAUAUGAAGAUAUUGUUGAAUUAAAAUGAGUAUUAUUUAAGUUUAUUGCUCU